GUUAGGUUAUGUGGCACAUUUUAACUUGAAAAAUGCCUUUAAUAGUAAUUAGCGGCUUUCCCUCGAGCGGAAAAUCGACAAGGACGCAAGAAUUAAAGAAAUUUUUUCAAGAACAAGACAAAGAAGUCAUAGUUAUAAGCGAGAAUGAUCAAAUAGUGAAAGCUGGUUUUGAGAAAAAUGCCUUUUACGCGGAUUCUAAUAAAGAGAAACACAUCAGAGGAUUGUUAAAGUCCGACGUGUUAAAAUUAAUAACGCCUAAUAACGUUGUUAUAUUGGAUGCUCCUAAUUAUAUCAAAGGGUAUAGGUACGAACUGUUUUGUGCUGCAAAGAACAAUAAGUGCCUGCAAUGUACAGUACACACGCAAGUGAACAUUGAUGAAGCGUGGAAAUUUAACGAGGAACGUGAAGUUAAAACUCAAAUUUACGACCGAGUAACAUUUGAUGCUUUAAUAAUGAGGUACGAGGAACCAGAGGGUAAAAAUCGUUGGGAUUCACCCUUAUAUGCUCUUUUUCCAAAUGAUACCUUAGAUGUUGAUUCCAUAUACUCGAAUCUCUUUAAAAAGAAACCCCCAAAAGCUAACAUGUCAACCCAAAACCCCAAAUUAAGCUCCACAAAUUUUCUCUACGACUUGGAUCAAAUUACAAAAAAAAUUGUUGAUGGUAUAGUUGAAUUAAAAAAAGCUGGCGCUGACGGCGAGGUUGAUAUUCCUGGAUACGACAAUUUGAAAGUGGAUGUUUCUAGGGUUACAGUUCCACAGUUAAUGAAUUUACGAAGACAGUAUAUUACUUAUUCAAAAAUGCAUACUCCUGAUUCAAAAAAUAUACCUAAUUUGUUUAUACAGUAUUUAAGCACUUAUCUUAAGUAGAAAAUAAAGUUAUUUAUAUAU